GAGAUUCAGCUACAAAUUCCCAACGACACCAAAACCCCUUCACUUUUUUCUCCUCUACUACUACUGCCACUGUUGUUUGAUUGAUCCUACUCUCCCCCCCGCCCUCGUCACCAAAGAAACCAUCGCAAGGGCAGAGGGGAAUUCCAACUGCUCCUGCCGCUGCCUUCUGCCAUGGACGGCGGCUACCGUUCCAAGUCGUACGCCGGCGGGCGCAUGCAGAUCGAGCCCUACGCCGGCGGGCGCAUGCAGAUCGAGCCCUACGCCGGCGGCGCGCGGCCGGACUUCCGGUCCCUGUCCUACGGCGGCGGAGGGGCGUCGUCGUACCAGUACCAGUACGAGUACGGGCACGGCGCCGGGGCAGGGUCGGUGUCGACGGUGGUGGAGGAGGAGGAGGUGAAGAGGAGCAAGUCGAAGCGGCGGUGGCUGGCGCUGGGCGACCCGGACAUGGAGCGGAAGCGGCGCGUGGCGGCGUACAAGGCGUACGCGGUGGAGGGAAAGGUGAAGGGCUCCUUCCGCAAGAGCUUCAGGUGGGUCAAAGACCGCUACCUGCACAUCGUCUACGGAUGGUCCUAGGUUCCUAGCUACUCCUACUAUCUAGCACCAAGAAAAGAGCAGACCGAUCGAGCUGCAAGAAGCAAAGUUUUCUGUUGCUGUUUAUAUAUUUCCUUUUGAUGCCUGGUGAUCAUGGUUGGUCUGUAAAGAUGGAUAUAUACAUAUACAUGCUGAGUCUUUCUCCUCUCUUUGUUCCCCCCUCUGUUCUUCCUUGUGUUCUUGAUUAUUGCCAUCACUGUGCUGUAAGUUGUAUGUAUCUGAUUGAGUUCUUGCGGUUCUCUUCA